GUACACAAACACAUGCGCGCGCAAUUGUAGGCCAGGUAGGCCAUGCUCUAUAACUUUUCAGCUGACUCGAACUUGGUCUACGAGGAUAGGGUGAAUUAAUUUGGAUUUCAAAGAAAAUAAAGACGAAUGACAAAAGGGGCUAGAUGUUUGAUCAAAUUACAGCUAUUCACUGUUAUUUCUAGAACAGCAACAUGACGGACAAGGCCAAAAUCAAGAAGGAGGUGAAGAUAGUUUUAAGGGCUUUGCUUCUUUCGGCGCCGCUGGGAUUGACCGCAGUCGAGAUCGAGCGAGACUUUCGCGAGGCCCAGGGUUACGGCGUGCCUUACCGCGAGCUGGGGUAUAACAGCACAUCCGACCUAGUGGAGGAUUUGCCAGAUAUUGCAUCCUGCCACUGGGAAAGGGGACAUGCAGUGUUUCAUGGAAUCGCAGACAAAACAACCAAACACAUUCAAAGCUUGGUUUCCAGGCAAAAAGUUGAUGUGAGCAAAUGUUUAAAGCGAAGAAAUGCUUUGGAAAGACAAGUUGUCCGUCCAGGGAGAGGAGGCUAUUCGUCAGGACGCGGGCGUUCAUUUAGUACGUCAUCAGGUAGAUCUAACGUUAGAUCUCAAGCACCGUAUUCCAGAGCUCCUCAAGGUUUUGGUCAAGGGAGGAGAACAAAUUCAUACCCAGGAUCAUCAUUAGGUGGCCGGCCCAAGCCGUCACCUCUGAAUGGCCCAAAAUCAAGUCCAGCUUAUCUCCGUAUGCAGAUGAAAUCACUCCUCAAUUCCCAUCCGAAUGGCAUUCUCAACACUCACUUUGAUGCCAUCUUCAGUCGCAAAUGCGGUUUUACUGUUGACUAUUCUCAGCUUGGGUUUACAGAUUUAGAGGACCUUGUGAAAUCUUUAUCUGACUUGAUUAGUCUUGAACGAAUCAAUGAGGAGAAGUUCAGAAUUUAUAGCAGAGAGAAUUUCCCCAAAGGAACAGAGAACUCGCCCAAAGGAGCAAGCAGAACAAGCAAUGAAUCAUAUGCAUCAAAGGCCAAAAUCAAACCACUGAUGUCCGACGGUCAUGGGAAUAUAAAACCUCUGAUCACUCCGAAACAGCCGCCACCAUUGCUAAGCCCACCAAUACCGGAUGCUCGGAAGUCGAUGCCAUUCCAGGCCCCACAGAGAGGCAUUGGUAGAGCACGUAGAAUAUCCUCCAACCGAUCGGAUGAAUCAAGUACAAGGGUUGGAUCAUCAGGGUCAUCAUCGGUCACAAGCCCCAGACAGCCAUCACCGCCAGGCAAUGAUCUCAUUGAUAAACAACUCUGCAGUGAAAUCCGACAGAUUUUAGAAGAUUACCCCAACGGACUCUUUGCUGCUAGUCUACCGACCGAAUACAAGGCUUUAACCAAGAAAGAGCUACCCCUGAUCUCCAUUGGUUUCUACAGUGUAGUGGAGCUGGUGUCUGCCAUCCCUGACAUUGUAGCCAUCGAGAGACAGAAGAAGAACAGUGAUUGGAUACUCUUUGAUGCUCGGACAUUUGUACCUUCCAAGCCACCCGAACCAGAGAUAAAGAAGAAGCCCAAGGACUCGCCACCCAAGGAACUAAACAAUGAAACGGUCCAGGUUGCCAAGGCAAACAUUAGAGAAGUCCUCUUGUCUCAUCCUACGGGAAUAUUACUACAGGAACUAUCAUCUGCAUAUGAGAAAUUUCACAGGACGAGUCUUCCAGUUGAAGAUUUUGAAGUGAGAGAUGUCAACUCUUUAGUUCUUGCCAUCCCAGACACAAUCAAAGUUGUCUAUAAAGGACAAAAUCAAGUAUAUCUCCAUGCACAAGAUCAGAGGUUACCCCUCACCAGUGGAUCACUAUACAGUACUAUUGCCAAGUCUAUACCUCAGGAUGCUAUUGGAUACGGGUAUUCCUACCCUACCUUGAAGAAACCUAAACUCAAUGAGUACUUCCCAGUCUAUGUCUCAACGGUAUACACUCCUCAUAAACUCAGUAUACAAGUCAAAGACAAAGAGAGUAAUCUAGCAUUGGAAAACCUCAUGGAUGGACUAGAAUCUGUGUACCACUUUGCAGAAGGAGAGAAGUAUCUCAUGCCUGAUGCCAUGAUAGCAGUAAAUCAGAUCUGUUGUUCUUUAUACCAUGAAGAUAACAACUGGCAUAGGGGAAUCAUUACAGGUGUCCCAAACCUAGAUCUUGUUGAGGUAUACUAUGUGGAUUAUGGCACCAGUCUUAGAAUUCCAAAGAAUUCUCUUCGUCUCUUGAAAUCUUGCUUCAUGAAGCUGCCGAAGCAGGCCAUUGAUGCCAAACUUGGAGGAAUUGAGCCUGUUGGGGAUAAAUGGAGUGAAGAAAGUAGAGACAGAUUACUCGAGCUCUCUUUCAAUAAACCACUACAGGCAUACGCCAUGGUAGAGAAGACCACAGCAGGGGUGUUUGAUACUGAUCCAUUCUCAGAGAGUUCGGUCAUGAGCCUCAUCCUUUGUGAUACAUCAACCAGCGAAGACAUUCACAUCAAUGACCUAUUAGUUUCAGAAGGUUUGGCUUGCUUUGCAGAGCAGAAAGGACCAGCUGAACCUGUCGCAGAAUCGCCAGUGAUCCCACCUCCUGCUGAAGUGAGCCUACAGAUGCUGACUGGCAUGGGUCUGCCGGUACCGGACGAUGACUCCGCCCUGGCCUUUCAGUGGCCGGAGGAGUCUGCUGAAGUCCAAAGGAUCCUAGGGUCAGGGGAUGCCCAAACCAUCACCAGACCACAGGAAAGGUCUUCAGGGGACGGUCAGGUCAUGGUCAACGGUGACGUCACAAAUGCAGGAGAUGGCCGUGCGGUCAUUGGAGUGGACAAUGAUAGCUCUGAUAGUGGGCCACCAUCACUGAAAGAGGACGAUGCGAUUGAAAAGAUGGCCCGAGAACUGAGUGAGAUUGAUGAAGAAGGUGAAGAUGAUAUGCAGAAACCAUGGUCUAUUACAAGAGUUGAGCUGGUGACUGGACAAACCCUUCAUUUGAUAUCGUUCAAAGACCAAGGUGGUCAGUUUGUAACCAGUGUUGAGGUAUCGGCUCUUAUCUGGCCAACCGAUCCGGAUGAGAAUGCUCUUUUUGAUAUGAUUGAACUGAAAGCAGCACAGCUUGGUCAGGUCAUCGUUGAAGAAUUAGAAAGUUCGGAACUAGCAGAUAGCUUCGCAAGGGAAGGUGUGCCGCUCUCCAAGAUUAGCCCAUCAAAAUUGCAGCUCUUCCUUCUGACUAGUGUUGCCCCAUUGUUGAUGGUUUCAGGCCAGGUCAGCACUGCAUUGAUUGGUCAGAUCCAAGCCUUGGCUAGUGAUAUGCCCCCUCUGGAGGAUGAUGAUCUGAGUCGUGAGAGCGUGAGCAGUGAAACAUCAGCUAGUUUGGAUACAGAACAGGAAGAAGCAGACCUCAAGAAGAUGCAUGAUGUACUCAGAACUAAAAGAGAGAGGAUUCUCAAGGAUCUCAUGAGCAACACCGGUUCUGUUGACGUCGAUGAAAUCACCUACAUCGAGGGAUUGAUGAAGGACAUUGAAAGAAAACUAGAAAAGACCAAGUCCAUCGACGUUGAUCAAGGAAGUGCCUCUCUGUCCUUGGGUGAUAUCUCUGCACAGCUGGCUCAGACCUCCAUUGGAUCCUCCAUGUCUCCAAGAACUCCUGAUGAUGUCUUCAGUCCACCUUCCUCCAGACAUCCUAGCAGUGUCUUCUCCCCAGAUCAAAGUACCAAGAACACCCAUUCACAGACGGUAGGAGAUCUUGGACAACAGAGGCACUAUUCUGAUCGGGCUGCGGCGAGUCAGAAGCAAACAGCUGCAAUCUCGCCUCUUCAGAGAAGCUCCACUGGGACCAUGCCCAAGCCACAGAGAGGGAUAGGUCGUGGAGUGAACAUGCCAACAAUGAAUGCAGGAAUGGGAAGAGGACAGCAACUGAAGAAUGGUCGAGGGCCACCACCUCUGAUUCCAUAUUCCCAAGCAAUGAAAAGCCUAAAUCCGAACACUCCAGCAUUUGUCCCAAGCCCGAAGCGGGAUGGCUCAGUAGAUGACAAUGUCAAGGGUCAGUUGCAACAGCCCAGUCCUCAAGGUUUGUUCAUGGAUCCAUUUGGAAAUCGCCAAGCUCCUGUACCUUCAAGGAAGAGUCAGAUUCAGCAGCCCAAAUCUCAGGGUUUAUUCAUGGAUCCGUUUACAAAUCACCCAGCUCCUGUGCCUACCCUUAAGGGUCAGACGCAGCAACAGAAGCCUCAGGGUAUGUUCAUGGAUCCAUUUGCAAAUCGCCAAGCUCCAGUACCUUCGAAUGCUAUACCUCCUUUGGGGCAGACUAUACCAGAAAUGGAUAUCUUUAAACCUAUCCCGCUCCUGCCACCGAAUAUACCACUGGGUAUGCCACCACCACCAAUGCCAAGCAGGACAGGUGGUAUGGGAAUGAACCAACUACCACCUCCUCCCCUCAUGAGGGGAAUAGCCAUGGCUCCCCCUCCAUUACAACCCAUACCUAACCCAAUGCCAGGUCUUCCUCUUCCGCCCAACUUCGACAUGAUGCCUUCUUCAGGACCACUGUUUGACCCCAAUGCACCGCCUUUCUUUGGAUUAGGGAGAGGUCAGGCAUGGUCACUCAAUGACUAACUUAUUGCAUUCGCCCGUGGUACGGCUGCUGUGGAAUCCUGUUGCAAUGAAGCAAACAUUGAAUUUUAAUCUCUAUUAUUCAAUUAUGUUAUUCAUUAUGUUCUCAGUUAUUUAAUUAUGUUUCUGUUCACCUGUGCCUAAAAGUGAUUUGAAAUACUUUUUUUUUCAUUCAAGAUAUCAUUUGAGGAAACCAGAUUUAUUAUCACUAUUUCAUGUCUUUAACUCAGUGUGUUUUGGAAAGUGUACCAAAAAAUAAUUUGUUGCAUUCUAGCACCAAAAAAAAAGAAGAAGGAAAAAUAGAUUCUUUCAUUUUUUGUGAUUGUAAUAGUAGGCGAUGAUUUACCAAUAUAAGUGAAAAAAGUACUAAAAUAUUUUAUUUAUAAUGGUACUGAUCAAUAUGUUGUAUUCAGCAUGUACAUAGAAAUCAGGAAAUUUGUCAGCUUUGUACUAAUUGCAAAACAUCAUUUUAUUGUUACCUUGAGAGAUCAAAAUGUUUUCUGUUAUACUAGGGACAAUAACCCCUGUGUAUUCAUCAGUGAGAUAACUUGCUAUAUAUCCUGUGGAUGUUGAUGCUUAAGUCAUUAAAGACUGUCUUAUUAUGCUAUAAAAUACAUUUUCCUUUUAAUAGGCCCCAGAAUUUUUAUAUGGUGGUCAUAACGGCAAUAUGGUUUACUCUUAUGAGUGUAUCCUUCCAACCAGUGCUAACCUGAUUAACUGCAUGGUUUUCAGUUUCAAACGAUCAGAGGUACCCACCAAUUUGAAUUUUAGUUCAGAUUUGGACAUUAUCUGUCUUCUAUAUUCAACUCAUUUUCAAGCUCACAGUCUGCCUCAAUCAGAUGAAACAAAGGUCUCGAGAGGGUUAGUAAGCUUGAUGGGAAGUCACACUUAACUAUAUGUGAAAGUGUGAAACAGACUCCUAAAUCACUAUGGUACCAGAUGGGUCAUUCUAAAAUUACCUAUUAUUGAGAUCUUAUGUAUUUUGUACUGUAAAUUUGUAGUUCAUUAUUAUGGUAUAUUUCAUUGUACUUCUUUCAUCUUUCGUUUGAUUAAACCAUAUGUAGGUAUACAAACUUUGAGGAUGUUAUAAGCGAUUGGGCAAUGAAGGGACAUUCGCACAAUUUUUUUUCCCGUAAUUUUUACUUUACUUCAUGAACUAUGUAAUCAUGGUAUUAUUUUUUUGAUAUAUUAGUAUGAAAUCAAACACACUCACAUUAUAUACAAGCAGUACUGUAUACAAGAGAUCCACAUUGAUUGGAAAAUUUGUAUGCUGGAAAAAAAAAAUGUUGAAAAAAGUGGAAAAAGGGCAGCUGAAGAAAUUAUUACACAUUUACGUAUAUAUUAGUAUGUUUUAUUGAAAUCAAACACACUCACAUUAUAUACAAGCAGUACUGUAUACAAGAGAUCCACAUUGAUUGGAAAAUUUGUAUGCUGGAAAAAAAAAAUGUUGAAAAAAGUGGAAAAAGGGCAGCUGAAGAAAUUAUUACACAUUUACGUAUGAACUCUAUCAAAGCAGAUACAAAUUGUAACAUGAAUCAUACAAUCAUCCCCUAAAAUAACAAAGAUUUUUGUAGUUCUUACCAUUUCUCUGUUUGCAUAUUUCUACUCCACAUCACAUUUCUGUCCCAAGUUGUUUCCUUCGUUAGUUUGCUUUUAUGCAAUGUCUUUUUUUAUAUACUACUUUGAUGUUGAUUUGAAUUGGAUAGACCAAAUUGAAAGGUAAUGGAAAAUGGAGCUUUUCAAUGUCUGAACAUCUAUCUUGAUCACUUUUACCUAACUGCAAGUUAAAGAGCUUGACAGCUAUGUUCAAAUUGAAUCUAAUUAAUAAGUAUGGGUACCCAGAUUAUAUUAUCCUGUUCCUAUGGUUCCACCUUGAAAUGCAUGCAUUAUUUAUUAGAGUUUUCUUCUUACAAUUUAUCAUCUACAAUGAUAGUAUUCAAGUACAGCAUUUUACUUUCUAGAAACAGAUGUUUGUGUUUUUCUUCUUUGGUUGUUUGGGAGAGUGUCUGCAAACAAUGCCUUCCAAAUGUGAUUUGUUCCAUAGAAAAACACUUUGCAUUAUCAUUUCGAAAUAAGUGAUAAUAUUUCAUAUAGAGGGGGGGGGGGGUCGGUAGAGUUUGUUUUGAUGGUUUGAUCAGAAUGUAAUUAUGCAUGUAUAAUGGUAUUAUAAAUGGUGUAUUCCUUUUCUGUCUGUGUUUGACCUUUUUGUAAUACGUAUGCAAAAUUACCAGCAUUUUGUAAGACAUUUUCUUUCCCUUUUGGGCUUGAUUUUUUUCUCAUAAAUAAGCCAUUGAUACCAGCUGAAAAAAAAUGUUUCGUAUGGGUUAUUGUUCUCACCAUGGUGUAUAUACAUUUUUUCAUCUGUAUAUAUAGUAAUGUUUAUUUUUGCCAAAUGAUUUCCAUUCAUGUUCCAAAGGAAAAAGAGAUAUGACAAUUUUUUUUUGGAGGGGGGGGGGCUUCAAUGUUUAUAUUAUACAUGUAUUUUAUUUGUCUAUCGUUUUAUUUUGAGAUCUUUUUUAGACCAUGGUUUGGAAAAGGAACCAUUUCAUUUCCUGUUAUGUGUACAGAUGAUCAACAUUAAUAAACCAGAGUUAUUUUUA